AUGGCUGCACUGCUGCUGGACUUGGGCUCGCUUUCGCCGCUGCUUUUACACCUGCUCCUCAGCUCUUUGUUCACCGUUAUCCCGGGGAGUGCAGCGGGGCCGUGCUGCCGCUCCCUGCGCUCCCACCCAGCCCCCGGAGACACUCAAAGCGAAAGACUACCCGACGGAACGCUAACGGGGGCUCUGGCUGGGGGCAAUUGGAAGAUCCACCCUGCACGGACGAUACAGGGACGAAGAAAAAAAUGUGUAAUGUACGAACAAUGCUUACGGUCCAGUUCAGUGGGAAUCCCCUCAUAUCCGUGGCGUCCGGAAUACCGGAAUUCUGCAAUAUGUGUAUCAGAACCGGCUCCACACACCGGACGCUGUCAUCACCAGCCAGCGUGGAGUGGCGGCGGAGAGAAGGGCGUUGUUUCCCCUGUUCUCGACUCUCCAGUUCAGUAUGGCGAAAAGAGAACUAUACAAAGGACGAGAGCGUACUCGCGGAUACAGACACAUCGAAACAUCACCACGGACAGGGUCGUUACACAAAGCGAGCACCUGGAACUGGUUUGCGCGUUGUUUCGCACCCAGUUGUAUAAAAGUAAAACCGUGGAAGGGAAAUCUAGGCCUUAUCACUGCCCAUGUCACUCAAAACAGGAGUUUACCGCUGCCAGGAGACCAGCUCGUGCGUUAUCAAAAUACUAUUCUCAUUCUAAUGUGGCUUGCAGUGUUUCGGACGCCAAUAAAUUGGACAAAGCGACAACGGACCGUCCCCUUUCAGGGCCCCUGAAUGUUAUCGAUCUUAGCACAGAGGGCUUGAACGGGGUUUUCAAAACAGGCUUUGGGAAUACUCGGGGGUGCUCGGAACCAUGCGCGCAGCACCUCUGUCGAAGCGAAGCAAGCAGCUGUCUCGAGUCACGCCGGAUCACGGAAUCUGCUGUCGUGCGCACAGGUUGUUCUGAAAGACAUCCAGCCUGGCACAGCACUGACUGGCACCGGUUCAACAUUUCUCUGAAGCGCCCGGUAGGCAUGAGCUGUGCUGUUUGUGGAAGACAGACAAGGGAAAAUACAAAGAUUACAUUUUCAUAUUACAACUUAAUAUUACAACCUGUAAAUUCAACGGCGCACGCAAACGACCUGGCAGGCAAAACAGCUGAGGAUUUAAUGCCACAGGCUGACUUGCUCGACGGAAUCUCUCCUGUUGCAACAUCCUCCGGGACUUGCUCUGAUGACAAAAACGCUCAUUAUCAUAGAUCAUCAGAAAUGAGCGCGCAUUGCUUAGACGCGCAUUUCAUUGAUGAGCGCAACUCUGACUCAUCUGCUACUGAUAUUGCCCGGGGUCAUACUCCAUCACACCUCUACCUCUUAGUUGAACUCAACUUUACUAAACGAUCUGGUGACUCACACUCUUUUACUGUAUGUUGCGAUCGUGCAGGGAGAGCGAGAAAAGUUUCAGCACCAGACGCUCAGUGGACAGCUCCAAGUGCAAACUCGAUGAACUUUACUGAAACUUUGUUUCUGUGGAAUUUCAAUAGUAACAACAACAACAACUGCGGGAAAAAACAGCAUAUCACCAACAGCAGCAGUUUUGAUGGUCAAAACGGAAAUGUAGCACAAAAUGAUUCUGCCAGUGAAGAGAACGACUUUACGCGAAAGGAAAGCCCACAUCACCCUAGCUCUAAUGCGCAGCGGGACUCCGCCCCGGUGGAAAAUCCGCGUGCUGAGGGUGAUGACUACAGCGCGCACGAGAGUUUAAGCGCCGAUGGGGGAGCCACGCGCCCGCAAUUAAAAUCCGGUAAACGGGUGUCAUUACAAGCUGAGGGUGUCAGUCAGGCAAAAGAGCAGCUGGAAGCCGAACCUGAGUGCGGUAGGAGGGCGGGACAGAGAGAGGGCGGAGUGAAAGGGGAGGAAAGGGGGGAGGGUGACAGAAAGCCUCCACCGAGAGAAAGGGAAGAAAGCAUGGAGUGGGUGAUUGCAGAGGACACAAAGGAAGAUUCAGUUAAUGAAAACACAAAUUUACCUGAUAUAAAAGAAAAGGAGGAAAAUAAAAACACUUCUCAUUUAGAGAAUGAAGAAAAUAAAGAAUGGCAUAAAUAUGAGGGAAUAUGGAUAAGUCAGCAUAACAAAAAACAAUAUGAGGGAGAUAGUGAUGAAGCCCAGGCAGGAGACAGACGGGAAUUUGAUGAAGAGCAGGCAGGUGUCCCUCCUGUUGGGCGCUCCCGUAGAGCUGCUAAUCGACAUCCCCAAUUCUCCCAGUAUAACUAUCAGGUUCAGGUUGCUGAGAACCAGCCUCAUGGUACCUCAGUCAUAGCUAUGACAGCUGAUGAUCCCGAUGCUGGUGAGGCAGGCAGACUCAGUUACAGCAUGGCCCCUUUAAUGAACAGCAGAUCCAUGGACUACUUCCAAAUUGACCAAAUUACUGGCCUUCUCACCACCACGCAGAUUCUGGAUAGAGAGUACAUGGACCUGCACUAUUUCAGAAUCACUGCCUCAGACCACGGCUCACCACGUCUUUCUGCAACAACUAUGGUGACCAUCAAUGUGGCUGAUCGUAACGAUCACUCUCCUGUGUUUGAGCAAACAGAAUACCGCGAGACGAUUCGAGAAAACGUGGAGGAGGGAUAUCCUAUCUUACAACUGCGUGCAACUGAUCUUGACUCGCCAGCAAACGCAAACAUACGUUACAGGUUUGUUGGAGAAAGCGCGGCUGUCGCACGUUCCGCGUUUGAGAUCGAUCCACGGUCGGGAUUGAUCACAACACGUGGCAUUGUUGAUAGAGAAACAAAUGAGCGUUACACAUUGCUGGUGGAAUCAAGCGACCAAGGGAGAGAGCCGGGGCCACGGUCGGCCACCGUUAGCGUUCAUAUCACUGUCUUGGAUGAGAAUGACAAUGUGCCACAAUUCAGUCAAAAACGUUAUGUGGUUGCUGUCAGAGAGGAUGUUCGGCCACAUUCUGAAAUUCUUCGGGUCACUGCUUCGGAUUUGGAUAAAGAUGUGAAUGCUGCUGUGCAUUAUAACAUCAUUAGUGGAAACAGCCGAGGACAGUUUGCUAUUGACAGUGUUACUGGAGAGAUCCAGGUGGUGGCACCGCUGGACUUUGAGACAGAACGUGAAUACACGCUACGUUUGCGGGCACAAGACAACGGUCGCCCGCCACUUUCCAACAACACUGGAAUUGUAAGCGUGCAGGUCACAGAUGUCAACGAUAACCCACCAAUCUUUGUAUCCACACCUUUUCAGGCGACAGUGCUGGAGAGCGCUCCUAUUGGUCACUCCAUUCUCCACAUACAAGCUAUUGACACAGAUAAUGGUGACAACGCACGUCUAGAAUACCGUUUAACGGGAACUGGCUCAGAUACACCGUUUGUUAUUAACGCUGCCACUGGCUGGGUCACAGUGCGCUCAGAGCUCGACCGUGAAUCAGUAGAGCACUAUUUUUUUGGCGUUGAGGCACGGGAUUAUGGUGCCACACCCCUUUCCGCCACAGCUAGCAUUACGAUCACAGUAAUGGAUGUUAAUGAUAAUAGGCCUGAAUUUCUACAAAAAGAGUAUUACGUCAGGCUAAACGAAGAUGCAGCUGUUGGGACAAGCGUAGUCAGCGUGACCGCUGUUGACCGUGAUGUAAAUAGCGCAGUCACGUAUCAGAUCACUGGCGGAAACACGCGUAAUCGGUUUGCCAUUAGCACAGCCGGCGGAGCUGGCCUUGUGUCUCUUGCUCUGCCUUUGGACUACAAACAAGAGCGUCGCUAUGUGCUAACAGUCACUGCUUCUGACAGAACACUGCACGACACCUGUCAGGUACACGUCAACAUCACAGAUGCCAACACACACCGUCCUGUGUUUCAGAGCGCUCAUUAUUCAGUAAGUGUAAAUGAGGACCGGCCACCUGGCAGCACUGUUGUGGUAAUAAGUGCUACAGAUGAAGACGUUGGAGAAAACGCACGCAUCACUUAUUACUUGGAGGACAACAUUCCACAGUUCCGUAUCGAUCCUGCGACUGGAGCGAUUACACUCCAUGCUGAACUGGACUAUGAAGACCAGAUGACCUACACGCUUGCUAUCACUGCUCGUGACAAUGGGAUUCCACAAAAAUCUGACACUACAUAUGUUGAAGUCAAUGUUAAUGAUGUGAAUGACAAUGCACCUCAGUUCUUGAGUCCUAGGUAUCAGGGCGGGGUCAGUGAAGAUGCCCCACCCUUCACUAGCGUUCUACAGAUUUCCGCUACGGACCGGGAUGCUCACGCCAAUGGUCGUGUUCAGUACACGUUCCAGAACGGAGAGGACGGGGAUGGUGAUUUCACCAUCGAACCGACGUCUGGAAUUGUCCGAACUGUCAGGAGACUUGACCGUGAAAGCGUACCAUUUUACGAGCUGACUGCAUACGCUGUAGAUCGCGGCGUUCCACCCCAACGGACACCUGUACACAUUCAAGUCAGCGUCAUGGAUGUCAAUGACAAUGCCCCAGUGUUCCCUGCAGAUGACUUUGAGGUUCUAGUAAAAGAGAACAGUGCCGUCGGUUCCGUCGUUGCUCAGAUAACUGCGACGGAUCCAGACGAGGGCCCUAAUGCUCAGAUCAUGUAUCAGAUUGUGGAGGGCAACAUUCCAGAAAUCUUCCAGAUGGACAUUUUUUCAGGGGAGCUUACGUCUUUAAUUGACCUCGACUAUGAGACACGAAAUGAGUAUGUGAUCGUCGUCCAGGCGACGUCAGCACCGCUGGUGAGUCGAGCCACGGUGCGGAUCCGACUCGUCGAUCAGAAUGAUAAUGGUCCCCAAAUGCAAGAUUUUCAAAUCAUCUUCAACAACUUUGUCUCAAAUCGGUCCAACACCUUCCCGAGUGGUGUUAUUGGACGGGUUCCAGCCCAUGACCCAGAUGUUUCGGACCGUCUCUACUACACUAUCGACAGAGGAAAUGAGCUGCACCUGCUUCUGCUAAACCACACGAGCGGAGAGAUCCGACUCAGCCGAAAACUGGACAACAACCGACCGUUGGUUGCCCCCAUGCUUAUCACGGUUACUGAUGGCAUUCACAGCAUCAGCGCUCAGUGCGUCUUGCGUGUUCUCAUCAUCACGGAGGAGAUGCUCAGCAGCAGCGUUACUGUGCGAUUGCAGAACAUGUCCCAGGAGCACUUCCUGUCCCCGCUGCUCACUCACUUUCUGGAAGGAGUGUCAGCGGUGCUGUCGGUAUCUCCCGAUGAUGUGUUUGUGUUUAACGUGCAGCCGGAUGCGGAAGCAGGAAGGGUGCUCAACGUGAGCUUCUCUGCAGCGUUGCCGGGAGGUCAGUUAUUCCCAUCCGAGGCUUUGGAGGAACAGCUGUACCUCAACAGACCCAGACUCAAUGCCCUUGCACAUAUGGAGGUUCUCCCAUUCGACGAUAACGUGUGCCUCCGCGAGCCGUGUCAAAACUACAUGAAGUGCAUUAGCGUUCUCCGCUUCAACAGCUCCGCCCCCUUUAUCACCUCCCCAUCCACACUCUUCCGGCCCAUCCAUCCAAUCACAGGCCUGCGCUGCCGCUGUCCAGCUGGAUUUACUGGAGAUUACUGUGAAAUUGAGAUUAACCUGUGUUACUCGAAUCCGUGCAUGAAUGGUGGAGUCUGCGCUCGCAGGGAGGGAGGCUAUACAUGCAUCUGCCGAGAGGAUUACACAGGCGAGCAUUGUGAGUUCGACCGGCGUGCUGGACGGUGCGGGGAAGGCGUAUGUCACAACGGCGGUACAUGCCGGGAGCUCUCCGGAGGUGGGUUCAGGUGCGAUUGUCCUGCAGGAGGUUAUGAGAAGCCCUACUGCUCCGUGACCACUAGAUCAUUCCCGCCAAAAUCCUUCAUCAUGUUCAGAGGCCUUCGCCAGCGAUUCCACCUCUCUGUUUCUCUCUCGUUUGCCACAUUGGAAACUAAUGGUUUGCUGUUCUACAAUGGUCGGUUUAAUGAGAAACAUGACUUCCUCGCACUUGAGAUAUUAGAUGGACAAGUGGUUCUUAAAUACUCCACAGGUGAGUCAUCUACUCAGGUGAGUCCAUAUCUGCCCGGUGGAGUUAGCGAUGGCAACUGGCACACCGUUCACAUCCAUUACUACAAUAAGCCCAAGCGUAGUGUGAGUGGUGAGGUUCAGGGUCCAUCUGAUGAGAAGGUAGCAGUCAUGAGCGUGGACGACUGCGAUACAGCCGUUUCUUUGAGAUUUGCGAGUCAGCUGGGGAACUACAGCUGCGCAGCUCAAGGGAGGCAAACCAGCAGCAAGAAGUCUUUGGAUCUGACAGGUCCACUGUUUUUGGGUGGAGUUCCGAACCUGCCAGAGAAUUUUCCAUUUAGUACGAGAGAAUUUAUUGGGUGCAUGAAGGACCUACACAUUGAUAACAGACCCGUGGAUAUGGCAGGAUUCAUUGCUAAUAAUGGCACUUUACCAGGCUGCAGUGCCAAAUUGCCUUUCUGUAAAUCGAACCCGUGCCAAAAUGGAGGGACAUGUCGGGUGAGUUGGGAGACUUUCUCCUGUGACUGCCCCGUUGGAUUUGGAGGGAAGGACUGCAGUCUAGUGAUGUCCCACCCCCACCGUUUCCUUGGUUACAGCGCACUGUGGUGGGACCUAAAGAAUGACGUCACCAUCAACACACCGUGGUACAUGGGGUUUGUGUUCCGCACCAGGUCGAAAGAAGGAGUUCUUCUGCAGGCUCAAGCUGGACAAAACACUAAUUUAAUCUUUCAGGUGGUGGCCGGUCAACUGGUGUUUUCUGUGGCUCGAGGUCCAACUCGGCCGGUAAGGUUGAGGCUGGAUCAGGUACAGGUGUGUGACGGUCGCUGGCACGACCUACAGCUGGAGCUCCGCGACGUCAGGAGCGAGCGAGAGACUCGAUACGUUGCUACUGUCAGACUGGACUUUGGACUGUAUCAGGGGACAGUAAUCGUUGGGAAUGAGAUUAAUGGUUUGAAGGUAAAGCACCUGCACGUAGGCGGAGUGUUUGGCUCAGGAGAGGUGCAGAAUGGGAUACGUGGCUGUAUUCAGGGAGUGCGUCUGGGUGUCCGUCCGGAUUCCCCUGCAUUGGCCCGCCCAUCCAAAACCAUCAAGGUGGAGAUUGGCUGUAAUGUUGACAACACAUGUAACUCCUCCCCUUGCCCCGCCCACAGCCAUUGCACUGACGAAUGGGACCGGCACACUUGUAUUUGUGGACCAGGAUUCUAUGGUAAGAGCUGUGUGGAUGCAUGCAAGCUGAACCCAUGUGAAAAUAAAGCGAAGUGUCACAGGAAGCCCAGCUCAUCUCACGGAUACAUCUGUGACUGUGAGGACAGUCACUACGGACAGUACUGCCAACACAGGGUUGAACAGCAGUGCCCUCGUGGUUGGUGGGGAACCCCAACAUGUGGACCCUGCCACUGUGAUGCCAGUAAAGGCUUUGACACCGACUGCAAUAAGACUACUGGACAUUGUCACUGCAAGGAGUUUCAUUACCGACGGCGGGGCAGCGACGUCUGUCUACCAUGUGACUGCUACCCGGUGGGUUCAUUCUCAAGGUCAUGUGACCCUGAGAGCGGCCAGUGUCAGUGCAGACCCGGCGUGAUUGGUCAACAGUGCAACAUGUGUGACAACCCGUUUGCUGAAGUCACACAAACAGGCUGCGAAGUGAUCUAUGAUGGUUGUCCUAAGACCAUAACAUCAGGAAUCUGGUGGACCAGAACAAAGUUCAAUCUGCCUGCAGCUGUUCCAUGUCCUAAAGGAUCAGUGGGAACUGCAAUUCGUCACUGUGAUGGAGAUAGAGGCUGGCUGGAGCCUGAUCUGUACAACUGCACCUCUCCUCCGUUUGUGGAGCUGAACACUGCUCUGGAGGCACUGGAGAGAAACGAGACGGAGCUCAGCACCAUCAUCGAGAAAAAACUGGCCUAUCAGCUUCGGGAUGUCACAGAGGCAACAACUCGUCUCUAUGGCAACGACCUUCAGAUCGCCGAGCGCCUGUUGUCCCGCCUCCUGACCUUUGAGAGCCUCCAGUCAGGCUUCGGUUUGACAGCCACUCAGGAUGCACAUUUCAAUGAGAAUGUGUUACAAGGUUGUAGUGUUUUGUUGGGUCCUGGCUGCGCUACGUUGUGGAGGGCUCAAACUUCAGGUCAGAGCGGAGCGUCGGGAUUGGCUGAUCUAUUGGAGCAGUACGCCCGCACGCUUGCCCAGAACAUGAAACAUACCUACCUCAAUCCCGUGGGACUCGUUGCUCCAAAUAUCGUCAUGACUCUGGAUCGCGUUGACAACCAUACGCAUGUGCGCCGACGGUUUCCACGUUAUCACAGCACUCUGUUUCGAGGUCAAGCGCUUUGGGAUGCUCACACGCAUGUUGUGCUGCCCCCUACUGCAUUUGUGCCACAACGCAACCUUUGUAAACUCAAACAUGUAAUUUCAGCUCCGUCUCCAGCCAGCCCUGUAAACCUGUUGGCCAAUCAGACGGUCGAAGCGACAGCAGCACGACGUUCAAUGGCAUUACAAGAGGCCCCGGUCACCAUCGUCAUCAUGCUUAUCUAUCGAGGCCUGGGAGCUGCACUCCCCCCAAAAUAUCACACAGACCGCCGUGGCGUCAGGUUACCCAGACACCCUGUGUUGAACUCCCCGGUAGUGAGUGUGUCUGUAUAUAACAAUCAGACGUUUGUGGAGGGGUUUCUGGAUACACCAAUACUGCUUGAGUUUCGUCUGCUGGAAACUAGCAAUCGCAGCAAACCGCUGUGUGUACAGUGGAAUCACAGCAGCCCUGUAUCAGUGGGAGGCUGCUGGACUGUGAGAGACUGCAGUGUGGUCUAUAGAAACACAUCACAUGUCCGUUGCCAGUGUCACAGACUGGGAACCUUUGGAGUGCUUAUGGAUAGUUCACAAAGAGAGCAGUUGGAGGGUGACCUAGAGACACUCGCCAUAGUAACAUACUCCUCACUCUCAGUUUCCAUGGCGGCGUUGUUGCUAACGGUGGUGGUUUUAUCAUGUCUGAGAGGAUUGAAAUCGAACACACGCAGUAUUCACUCCAACAUGGCUGCUUCUACUCUACUGUCACACCUCACAUACCUGCUGGGCAUCAACCAGACCGAACAACAGUUCCUGUGCACGGUGGUUGCCAUCCUCCUCCAUUAUUUCUUCAUGUCGGCUUUUGCAUGGCUGUUCGUGGAGGCUCUGCAUAUUUACCGCAUGCAGACAGAAGUAAGAAACAUCAACUACGGUGCCAUGAGAUUCUACUAUGCUAUUGGCUGGGGAGUUCCUGCUAUCAUUACAGGCCUGGCGGUGGGGUUGGAUCCUGAGGGAUACGGAAACCCAGAUUUCUGUUGGAUUUCCAUGUAUGAUAAGCUCAUGUGGAGCUUUGCAGGACCAGUUAGCGUCGUCAUACUGUUGAAUGGUGGAAUGUUUUUAACGGUCCUGCGUAUGACAUGUAACCCCACUCAGAAGGAGAUUAAGAAGCUGCCUGUGAUUUCUACUAUCCGCAGUGCCUUUCUCUUGUUGUUGUUGAGUACAUGCGUUUGGUUAUUUGGUCUGAUGGCUGUUAACAACAGUGUCCUGGCAUUCCACUACAUGUUCAUUGUCCUCUGUUGUGUACAAGGUUUGGCCGUGUUUUUGGUGUUCACACUGCUGAACUCAGAGGUGCAGGAGGCUUGGAAACUGGCCUGCCUGGGCAAGAAAAGCCCCAGUGAGGAACCUGCCAGACCCCCACAGAUUACGGGCCAAAACCCAUACAACAGCGCCUCCCUGCUGGAGCAGAGUGGAUUACACCGUAUCACACUCGGAACUUCAACCGUCUCAUCGGUCAGCAGUGCAAGGGAGAAUCUUUUGGCCCGGCAGGCUCUAGAACACACUCUGGCACACACAGGGGCAACUGAUCUGGACGUGGCUAUGUUCCACCGCAACGGAGGUACACUUACACACAAUAACCUGCAUGCCUGUGAGGAUUCAGACUCUGAUUCUGAUCUCUCAUUGGAGGAGGAGAGAAGUCUCUCCAUCCCAUCUUCUGAGAGCGAGGACAACGUUCGUCUGCGUGGACGCAUCCAUCGGCGAUUCAAGCGUACCGCUCACCGAGAGCGUUUGCUCACAGAACCAGCGCACAAUGGUGGAAAAGAUCUGGAUGGCAAUGAUCUGCUCUCCUAUUGGCCAGCGCUGGAGGGGUGUGAGGCUCACUCGCUACAGAAAUGGGGCUCCGAGCGCCGCCUGGGUGGAGACUACAGCAAGGAUGCAGCUAAUAAUAACCAGCAGGAAGCAGCGCUGACCAGCGGGGAUGAAAACGGACUUACACACAGACACCGCAAGGGAAUCCUAAAGAAUCGUCUGGGCUGCCCACCUGCUCUGCAAGGUCUCUCUGCCGUGGGUCGUGCUCCCAGCGAGAUGUCUUGGUACAGGACCUCCACGUUGGGUCAUCGGGGCGUCCCGGCCGCCUCCUACGGCCGUAUGUAUUCUGGCACCGGUUCCCUGUCCCAACCCGCUUCCCGAUACUCGUCCCGCGAACACCUGGAUUCGCUUGCCAGACGCCAGCGCUCCCGUGAAAAUCUUGACCUGUUGCCACGGCGACGCGAGCUCGGCGCCGAACACCUGGGUGGAUCCAGAGAGAGGCUGGGCCCUGUUCACAGCAUCCAUGGCUCCAGGGAGGAUCUGAUGGCUAGGGGUGGCCUUACAGGUUUAAUGGGGGCGGAGGGGUCUUUAAGUGGUUCGAGAACACAGCUCAACAAUCUAACAAGGCAACAGGCCUCUAGAGAACACCUUGGAGGAGCUCUCAUGAGCAGUCGGUCUCGGGAGCAGCUGGAGCCGAACGGCGGAGCGCAACCAUGCAGGGAGUGGUUGAGAAGCCUGCCACCUCGACAGCUCUCACACCCCGAGCCACACCCACCCUCUUCACCCCCUCCACCAAUCACAGAGGAGCCCCAAGAGACCCUGCCCUCUCGUCGUGGGCGCAUAGACUCGGCUCCCCCAUGUAGGUACCCUUCAUCCGCAGCUGCACCAGGAGCUCCGUCUAGUCGCCCACCUUCUAGCGAACAUCUGGAUAUCCUCUCCUCUAUACUUGCCUCCUUCAGCUCCUCUGUCUUAACCCCGCCUCCUAACCCAAUCUCAGCAGGCCCCUCCCCUUCCCCGCCUCCUCUCUCUGUAACCUCUCAGAGCAUCUCUGGAGUGUCACCUGACUCUGAAGUUAACAGAAGUGAUGGACAAUCUUGAUGAUGCCCUCACAGCCCCACAAUGCAUUUCUGCUGAUGGGCUGAAGAGGAUCAAAGACAGCCAACUGGAGCAUUUCGGGACUCCUUGCUUCACCCUGGGAAAACUUUAGACUUGAGAGUGAAGUUGUUCAUCAAGGGCUUGAGAUAUCACCCUGAAAAUCCAAAACACAAAGGGAAGGUGAUGAUUUCUAUGCUUAUCCUUUAUCCAAACUGCAAACCUCAGAUUUCAGACACUGAGCUGAGAUGACUGGAGAGAAACAAACUGUACAUAAUACCUUUUUAUACUUUUUGUAUCUUUUUCAACAAAGAUCAAAGAAGAAAAUCUGUAGUGAUGUUUUUGAAGACUGUGUGGAUAUGUGUUUAAGUGGGUAGAAUCAAAAACAUUUUGAAACCCAUCGCAACCAAAACAGUCCUCAACAUCCUCAUUCCAAUCCUUGUUCUCCAACUUUGUGUUUAUGCAACAUAAGCCACGCCCACUGACAGACAUGACCGUAAAAACAUCCAUGGAAAAGGAUUAGUAUAUGUAAAUGAGCGACUGGCCCUUUGGAUUGGUGGGAAAAUCCAGAGACUGUGACUGUAAUUAAAAGGAAUUAUGAAACAAAAGAUAUGAUUGGACCGUAAUGAUUGUCAGUCAAGAGAUUAUGUUUUGAGACAUGUGACUUGAUUGAAAAGUUUUUGUGUUGAUCUAAACACAUUGCUUAAACAAACUCCAAUAUUCGCCUAUAUGAGAUUGAAUAUGUGAGGCAUUUGGUUUAGAAAGUGUAAAAAUACAUUCCUCAGACCUCAGAGGCACACAUUGGAGUUGGUUAUAGCUGUGUGAAGAGACAUUAAUGAAUGGAUAUAUUUUUAAGUAGCCUACAAGCAUAUUCAAAUCUUAUUAGCAUAAUCAAAUUUCAUAACCAGGCUUAUCGCAAAUAUUGCUUGAGGAAAGGCUGCUGAUUCCAGCUAUUCAUGAGAUCCUAUUUAAUCCAUUCUUUUAACAAAGAGAGCAUAUCUAAAUGUCAUUGAAAUUUCUGUGAAGUAUUGAAUAAUCUUGGUGCUUCAGGGAAAGAAACAUGCUGAAAUGCAGUCAAUGAGAUAACAUCAUCACGGAUCAUGUCAGGCUCCUGUUUAAAAGGAAAAUCAUGCUUCAUGUGACUAUUUUUUCUGUCUUUAACAGUAUUAUCAUGAGUUUUUGCCAAAAAAAAGAGUGCCCUAUGUCAUCCUUUUAUACCUCUUACCUGUGAAGAAGUGCUCCAGGAUUUUUUAAAUCAUCUUUUGAUAGUUUAUUUAUUAUUGCAUAACUUUAUCUUGUACAGACAUGAAAUUAAUUUAUUUUAUUUAGUAAUAUUUAUUAUGUUGGUUUUUCUUAGCCAUAUUCCUUUCUGGAGUGUUUGAAGUGUGUGUAUGAGUUUUGUUUUUAUAAGAGCGAGUUUUCAUGUGUUCAAAAUGUUUUUUUUUGUGUGAAACUUUUGUACAUGUUUUGUCUGAUAAGCCCCCUCCUCUUCUGUUAACAAAAACAGAUGUGCUCAGAGAGAGAGAAAGAGAGAGGUGGAACAUGAUUGGUGGGUGAGAAAACGGAGAAUGUAUAAUUGGUCAACAUGUUUAUUAUCGGACAUGUUGUAUCCUAUUUAUUACGGGGUUUGAAAAAAAUCUGCUACCAAUGGGAGUUGAGACCAGAGACCCAUUGGUCA